AUGCCUCCGUCUCCUCUGGUCUCCGUAGUGGGCACUGGACUUCAGUACCCCCAACACAAGCUUGGGCCGGAGUUUGUCCCUAAAAUAGUAACCAACUGCUACGAAGACAAUGUCGCGCUAUUGAAGUUAAUUGAAAUCAACGAGAGGACGAAAAUCGAGAACCGCUACAGCAUCCUACCGACAGACUAUCCCAUAUGGCUCCAAGACUACAUCUUGACGAACUCCGAAUGUGAUAGUAUGUUCAAACAGUAUGGCAUCCCGCUAGCAACACUCGCGGCGACGCAAGCCAUCGCAGACUGGGGCGGCAAUGCGAUGGACAUCACCCACGUGGUUGCUAUGACCUGCACAAGUACGUCCAGCCCUGGAUUCGACUGCACACUCUGUCAGGAACUAGGGCUCGCCAAACAUGUUCGUCGCACAUUGGUGAAUGGGGUCACUUGCGCUGGCAGCGUGGCGAUGCUGCGUACAGCAUACGACCUUCUGCUUGGCGCAACACAACAAGGCAAGCCGGCCCGUGCUCUUGUGGUCGCCGCUGAGACCCAGACUGUUUAUAUCAAGGGUUGGUUGGACACUGUUGCAAGGGAUUCAAUACCUAAUCUUGCCCCGACCUUGUUCGGAGAUGGUGCCGGCGCACUGGUACUCAGCAAUGGGAUCGGUGUCAAGGAAAGUGAAAGAGAGGCUAUAUGGAAUAUCCAAGGUGCUCAGUCAACGCUUCUGGAUGAAGCAGGAAAUAUCGGGAUUCAGUGCACUCCUACAGGCAUCAUGCCAAUAAUCUCCAAGCAAGUCCCGAGACUCGUCCAGGCCGCCUUGCCACCUUCAUUCGGGAACCUCAUUAGCAAUUGUCCCUCUCUUCGCCUGGAAGAGUCCAACUUCGACCCUACUACAUACGACUGGGCUUUGCAUCCUGGAGGUCAGGCGAUCCUGACUGCUGCUGAGAACGCUUUAGGACUUUCAGCUGAUGAUCACUUACAAAUGAGCUAUAAGUGUUACAGAAAUGCAGGCAAUACCAGUUCAGUGACUGUUCUUAGUAUCCUGCAUCAGCUGGCACGGGGAUAUCGAGAGGGAUCGCCCGGUCGUUCCAAGGUGAUCGCUGCGGCCUUUGGCGCUGAUAUAACUGUGGAGAUAAUGGUCCUUACGAAGCCAUCAUGCGGGUCAGUCCAUUGA